GUAAGAAUGUCCUAUAUAUAUCUUUAGAUUGAAGAAACAACUACUAGACUUGUGUAUAUAUAGUUGAUGUCAUGAGAUGGAUAGCUCAGAAUCAUCAGAAGAUAGCAGAGAAAAUAUAUAGUUAGAAAAGUGAGAGAGAGAGAGAGAUCAUUAAUUAAUUAAGAUGGUGAAUUCAUGCAGAUUGAUAGCAGUAGUUAUUGCAACUGUAUUUCUCCGACAAGCAUUAGCUGCGAAACAUAGUGUGGGAGGAAGCCAAGGUUGGGAUGAAUCCGCCGAUUUCGACUCUUGGGCUUCUGCUCAAACCUUCAAAGUCGGAGAUGAACUCGAGUUCAAAUAUAGUCAAUUGCACAGCGUGGCGGAACUACCUAAUGAAAGCGCAUUUAAGAAUUGCGAUAUUAGUGUUGCGUCGAACUCAUUAAACGACGGUGACAGCAAAGUCAAGCUAACCAAGCCCGGUACACGUUAUUUUGCGUGUGGUACAUCCGGUCAUUGCGAGCAGGGGAUGAAGGUCAAGAUCACAACUGUGGCGGCUGACGCCUCGCCGUCAUCCCCCACGGGCGCCUCUACUACUCCGGCGGCCACCACCCAAUCCUCUUCCGCCGCGCCGCGCCACCAACUCCUCAACUUCUUUGCCUUGAUGCUGUUCAUCGCGAUCUUUGUGUAAAAAAUAGCUAAUAAAGAUAUACGAUUAUAAUUUUGUUGAAAUUGAAUGGAUAUCAUUUUAUUACUACUA